UUUUUUGUUCAUAUUUACUGCACCUCAAAACUGCAGUGGGCAUACAAAGGGAGACGACAAUCGAAAAAAAGUGGACAAGAACAGAACCCCACCAACACCGACUUGGGAUUUGCACCACUGACUGACUAGUCCACCGCUGACUUAUCGAUCCGAUCACCGACUGACCAUACUGCCCUUGGUCCGGUCCGGUUCGCACAUAGUAUAACAGCUGAGAAGAGGAUACCAAACAUCACGAUCCUCGAAUGGCGAGCACAAAGGAGCGGCCGCGGGCGAGGUUUGCUCCUAUCCCCAUUGAAACCACCUUUGAGCGCUACCGAAAGACCAUUCCGACCGGCGAGCCUACACCCAGUCCUUCACCGCGCUCGCCGACCCCACCGCCCCGCGAGAAGCGAAAGUUUGCUCCCCAGCUAGUCGAGUCUUCCGUCCGCCGGGUUAGACGAGCAGGCGACGAGGGACCCGCGACCAAGCAUACCGACAAGACUGAUAUCACGCCCUAUACCAACCACAUCUACGCCCCCAAAGCCCGAAAACGAUUCGGCCAUGGGCCACCAACCGAGGAGCGGCCAGCCCAGAGAGGCCACGGCCGGCGGGAGUCAUGCGACGACGAGAUUGCCGGCGGUGUCUUCGACCUGGCCGCCCGAGAUGCACAGAGGAAGCUCCAGGAGGUGGCCAUGAGUGCCUUCCCCAACAGCGGGCAGAGGAUAGGCGGCGCUGAGCACUACUACAUGGGCGAGGGUUCGGAUGAUGACAGCCCCCGGGGGCGACCAUUGACAAGAGGGCCCUGGAACCCCUUACAGUCGCGGCGGAACUCGUCUCAGGAGGACAUGGGCUGGGCCUUCAAGGAGAUGCAGGAACACGCGAUGAAGCUCCAGCGCGCGCGGUCACAGAGCCGCGUGGACACGUGGGAUCUCGACAACAUGAGCAUUGACGGCCCGCCGAGCGACGCCAUGGGCUUGACCAGGACGCAGCGAACAUCCAUCGCCAGCUCCCCCAUAUGGACGUCACGGCGGCCCUCGUCUGGCUCUCUCAGCCCCGCCGGCGACUCGCCCAUGCCCCUUCUCCGAGACGAGUCUCCCCUUCCCACCAUCGGCGAGUCGACAAUGCCCUACGUACCCCCGGAAUCGCCGCCGCCAAUCCGCCCCAUCGGUGAGAGCUUCAUGCCCUACAUCCCCUCCGCGCCCACCGGCAAGGCCGGCGCUAUGGCCUACGCCCCUGCCUCACAGAUCCCCCCGGAGACCAGCUUUCGCAACCACAGCCCCUUCGCGCCCUAUCCCGCAGAGCGCGACAUGUCUCUCGAGCGGGCUCGCCGGCAACAUCGUCUUCGCCUCAAGGCCUCCCCACCCAUGCUAGGCGCCGACCUCACUUUCCGGCGGUGCCCCUCGCCCAAGCAGACCAAGCUCGAGCCCACCCACUUCUGGGAAAUGACCGCAGGCGCGACUUCCGAAGAGCAGAACCGCGACCCGACCGAGCAGCGCGGCCUGUGGCGCGGGUACUGCUACAACCCCGACCCGAGCAAGAAUCUUGCGCCGGCGGAGCGCCCGGCCAUGCUCCACACGCCGCAGCCCGACUCCCCCACCAGCAGCAGCAGCAACCGCGACAAGGACUACUUCGCGCGCGAGGCCGCCGGGUCCGCGUCAUCCCCGCUGUGCGAGGAGCCCGCUUCCAUCGAUGGACGCGGUGGCAGCAGCCGCGCAAGCACUCCUUCGGUUCCCGGGGCCGUGCCCGAACACCGCACCAAGUCGCAGGAACCCAAGGGGCUCCACAUGCUGCAAAACAUGCACGCCCUGGACGAGAAGCUCAAGAAGGAGAAGGCGGCAGCCGACCUCGAGGAGAAGAUCGCGGCCGAGUUCGACGACCACUUCGUCACGCAGGUGUACAACUACCUCUCGCUGGGGUACCCGGCGACGGCGCGGCAGUACGACGAGGAGCUGAGCAAGAUCAGCCGGAUCGGGAUCGCCGAGCUGGAGAAGGAGGACGAGGCCGUCAUGGCGGGGCUGUGGGGCGCCAACGGGGCGGCCAACAGAGAGGGCGACGCGAACGGCGAGAAGAAGAAGGUCGGGGCCACGGGCCACAUCAUGCUCACCGAGGCCAAGGACGGCGUCCGCGAGGAGGACCGUUGCCCCCGCUGGAAGGCGCUCAAGCUGUACGUCUACGAAUGGGCCCGCCAACAUCCCGAUCUCAACUCCAUCAGCCCGCUGGCCUGGGGCGUGCAGGAGCGAAGGGGCAGCUGGGGGGUUUAGAUUCCAGGCAUUUGCUGUCCUUAGACCGCGGCGGCUACCA